CAAUCCUUUCACUAGAGCUUACAUUUUUAUCCACGUUUAAUCCCCGGGAUACGGACAUCCGUUACUAGAGAAUAAGAACCCGGACAACACCGAUUAACUAAAGAAGAAAGAGGAAAGAGGUAAAGAAAAAAAAAGAGGGCCAGGGGUCAUAGAGAAAAAAAAAGAAAAGAAAAGGAAAGGAAAGGAAAAAAAGAGAGCAAUCAUCCAGGUUGAUCUGGUUCUACUAUCAUCCUCUCCGUCAACAUAAUCGUGAAAGAAUGCCCCCCCUGUCCAAUUGAAACCUCGAGAUGCCCUCGGUUCCACGGAUGUGAACAUACAUGUGGCGACUGAUCAUGGAAAAGGAUGUGAGUCUGCCUGGCGCCGAACAAUUGAACGGUCAUGAGCAGCUGGUCCACGUCCUUCCCUUCCAACUACCAUCGCAACCUCACCGGCGCAUGUCGCUGGAAAAGACCCGGGAACGGACGGGAGGGCAGAUCGCCGCACUCUUCAACCGCUUGCCCCGGACGGUCAUUGAGCUCAUUCUCUACGUCGCCGAACCGAGCACGUUUGCAUCGCUGGCCCUGCUGAAUCGGAAAUGGAGGCGCAUUUCGGACUCGUAUAUCCUCUACGAUCACCAUCUCUCGCGGUGCCCCUCCUUCGCCCUCACCCAGAGAGCGUUUUCGAACUCCGAACACCCUAGCGACCUGGCCACUCUGAAGCACCGCUUUGCUACCGAAAUCCGACGGAACGGCUUCGCGGUAUAUUUUCGUCCCCGAAGGACCCUCAUCAAAUUGAUCUCCACCUCCUUGAGCUCCUCGACGGCGUUUCCGCAGGGCGAGGCGUUUCGAUUCGCGUUCUCACCGAAUGCGCAGUUGAUCCUCUGCAUCAGCUCGUCCCGGAUCGUAGUCCUCGACGUGACUCCAGAUCGUGCCGUCGUGAGGCACGAACUCAAGACGUGGAGACGCCCGUUGAAUGCCACGAUCUUGGAUGAUGGCUCUAUCCUGGCGGUCGUCUCGUCGACGCACCAGGUCAAUAUCUACGACCUCUCGACGGGUGACGCAAAACUCGUCCAGAACCUCGAGUUGAACGACGCUCCCCGGACCUUGACUCUCUCGCCCACCGGGGGUGUGUUGGCCGUGGCGUAUGACGAUCGGAUCGAGGUCUAUGCGAUCGGCCAAGAGACCCUCGUGACCGAACGAAGGGCGGUCCGCUGUGAGGGGGUGGACUCGAUCUCAUUCUCGUCCGAUGGAUUCAUGCUACUCGGUUCGUCUGUCGGUUCAAGAACUCACGGCCUGGUCACCAUCACCGUGCCCUUCUAUACCGAUGCCGACGUCGAGGCUUCCCCGCGAGACGCUCAGAUCCGAAUGUGGACCAGCCAGGUCCUCUUCCCGGACAUCACCAGGGGGUUUAGCCAUGCGUCGUUACUGCCACAGCAUGCUGAGGGGGAGAGCAGCUGGCUGCUCGGCUUUGACCGUGAGGUGGGGGCCUUCCGAGCUAUCGGAGCCAGCGAUGUCAAUUCGGGGACGGCGUAUUUCGGAAGCCCCUUAUCGUCAGGGGGUGCCCAGGAAUGCCAACCGUCCCUGCUGCCAACCGUUGAUGGUCAGGGAGAGCUCAUCGCGUUGGGAUUUGAGGAUUCGGGGCUGUGGGUGUUUGGCGUGCCGGCUCGUUUGGACAUAGCCCCCUCAGCCACCUCCGCGGGGGCUAUACACGCGGCCCAGAGAAACGGUCACAACCGUGCCCUCGAGGAGCCGUCGUUAACCGCCCCAAAUAACCUGCCACGCUUGCGGGAGUCGAUUACCCGUCCCAAAUGGCUGAUCGAUGGCCACCAAAUGAGCGACAUGCCGGGCAUUACUGCUGCCAGCUGGGUCCGACGGACCACGAAGCCUCCAGAUCAUCGUCGAUUGGUAGCCGUGGCCCCGGGUGGCAUCCGGCCUCCAACGCUGGGCGAGGAAGAUGUUCCAGUCGAUGGUGGCCGGGUGCUGCUAUUGGAUUUCGACCGAUCCCCACAGAAUGGACCAACCGUCGAAAUCAACAUCGAAGUUGGCGACGCUGAACCGAAGAUGCUCGGGGAACCUAACCCCAGCCUGGAUACCGAGGUUGAGCUAGAAAGACGGAGGACGCAUCUACGCCGCGGCGGCCCACCCCAGCGGGCCAAUGCCCCUGCACGAGAAUCGUACCCGGCUUCCUUAUCUACACCCCAGCUGUCCCCCGACCUGGUUUCUCGGGACCUUUCCCUUUUUUCUACCAUGCCCAUUGGGUCGGGCGAGGGAGAUAUGUCCUCCUUCCCUGACAGCCCCUAUAAUAACACCCAACCGAGGUCGGGGGACACCCUCCGCCGAGCGGCUACUGCUGCAGCCGCCAGUCGUGGGCGCUAUAACCCCCAGCAGCGUCAAGAGGCCCGCCGCGUGCACGACCACACGCCAGUCCAUCCGCUAUUUCAGGUCCCUCAUGAAAGUGAUGCGGACAACUGGGUGCCUCCCCCGCCCCCCUACUCCCGCGAGCCGGAUGGGCCACUUCCCGACUAUCUACGGCGAACCCUGCAGCCCUCAAGGACAGAGCCUCUCAGGAGGGUCAGCCAGGCGCCGGGUCUGUUUCGCCGAUCCCACACCACGCGAUUAGAAGAUGUAUCCGAGCGUUCGUCGCGGGGCUCACUGCACCGACUCAAUACCAUCAGCGUUUCCAGCUUGGCCUCUCGCAGGAGAAGGAACACGGUAGACUCCGACACCGACGUCCCAAACCGAAGACCUCCCAGUUCCAUCCGAAGGAGGGCGAGUUCCACUACCCAGCAUGUGCAAAUACAUGAGGAACCAGCGGUUCCCCCCCUCCCCGAGCACAUCCCUACCGUUUUUCUAGCUACACCACAGGCGAACCACGCCUCAUCUCCAGCUCCAGCUCCAGCCCCCCAGCCAGACAACUCCCCAGGUCUAUGGUCAACUGCAGCACCCAGUUGGAUAUCCGCCGCGCGACGCGCCUCCCAGCGCUUCAACCCCAUCCGCCAAUCCCCCGAAGACGGAAUCCGCCGCGGGUCCGCUCCAGGCCGACAACCCCCCGCCAACGACCUAACCAACUACCCCUACUUCCGCUCCUCGCCCAACCUCCAGGUCCAAAACCCGCAAUACGUCCAGCCCCAGCGCUGGUACCCGCAAUACCGCAGCGGGUUCCAACGUCCGGCAGACCGGCGCUCCCAGUCUCACGAUAUCACGCAACUGUCAUCCCCCAUGGGGCCGGCCAUCCAGCCCCUCAGCCGGCGCGUCUCCACGGAGCCUACUUUCUCCCGAAGCUCCUUAGCAUCGCACGACAUCUGGAGACGGCGCAUCGAGGACUGGAACGAGCAGACUAUCAGCGAGCGUAGCAAGAAACGAAGCAAGUGUGUAGUCAUGUGAUGCGAUGUCCUAUCUUUCGAUACCUGGCUGGACCUGAUACCACAUCUUUAUU